AUGGCUCUUCGCGGCCAGCCCGGAGCUUGGUCAAAGUGGGGAGCGUUCGUUGACUCUGGUCAGGGAUGUCAGGGUGUCACCACCGUGCUAAGGGUGACGCCCUUCGGGCCAUACGGUGGCCUGACCUGGGACUUCCUGCGCCGGGAUCGCCAAGAAGAGACUCCCGAGCGCCUGGAAGCCCUGGGAGCAGCGUCUGGUGCUGCAGACGUCGAGUAUGAGCAGUUUAUGAAAACCAAAGAGGUGCAGAGGGCUAUGUUCCAACAAGAGAACAAGACUAUCGUGCACCAGUGCGCGGACACGGACAUCAUCGAAGCCGCGGUGGGUUCGGUGGCGUGCAUCGACGGCAAUCAGGCAGCAGCUCACGUGGCCUGUGCCCUCAGUGACUGUGCCUUCAUCUACCCCAUCACGCCAUCGUCUCCCAUGGGCGAGAUGGUGGACGAAUGGGCCGCGCAAGGCCUCAUCAACUGCUACGGCCAAAAGCUCAGCGUGACGGAGAUGCAGAGCGAGGCAGGUGCUGCUGGAGCCCUGCACGGAGCUCUCAAAGCUGGCGCGCUGAGCACCACCUUCACCGCCAGCCACUGGGCCGAAAGGGCCUAA